AUGACCAUAGUGGAGAACGAUGCUGAGAGUUUAAUUUCACCUGAGGACCAGAUAAAGAUCCAACAGCUCCGCAAACUUGUGAAGGUGAUCUUUACCCACUUUUCUUCUUGAUAUAAAACGCCAACAUAUUUUCAGGAUGACUUAUCUGCAUACUAUGACACCGACUUCAAUCUUCUGCGCUGGCUUCAAGGCCACAACACUCUGCCAGUUGAAGAAAUCGCAAAAAAGUUGAAACAUCACUUGAACCUCCGUUCUGCCUGGCAUUUGGAUGAUCUGCAUAAGAAGGAACGCAAUCAUCCAAUUCACAAACACUGGAAAUACGGUAUCACUGGUCCUUCUGGAAUUUUGGAAAACGUUAUCGUGAACAUUGAACAAGUAUGAACCUGAUCUUUUAUCAAAACAACGUUCACCUUCCUUGUCUUGCAAUUUUCAGUGCGGAAAGACCGAUUACACCGGAAUGAUGGAGACUUUUUCGAUUCUAGAAGUGAUGAGAGCCAGAAUGGUCGAUUUGGAACAAAUGCUGGCGCAUGUCAUGGAAAUCGAGGCAACAACUGGAAAGCAAGCGUGGAUCCUGUACGUCAUGGAUGUCACUGGACUACAGUACAAUAAAAAACUGUACGACCUCGUGACCGGUUCGAUGAAAUCGCUCGCUGAUUUUAUGGCAGACCAUUAUGUGGAGAUGAUUAAGGUUUGGUCACAACAAACCAGUUUAGAAGAGGAAAAACAAUUGUUGUCUCUCAUUUCAGUAUUUCGUGCCCGUCUGCGUUCCCAGUUUCGCCACCACCCUUUAUUUCGUCGUAAGACCAUUGUUACCAGAGAAGACACGCGAAAAGGUUAGUGUUUCAGUUCACUGAAGAGAUCGGGGAAAGGGUGUAGUGUCGAACUUUCUCUCAUCUCACAUGACUUUCAAUUUCUGUUCUCUCUAUAGGUUCGGUUGAUCGGUGAGUCAAACUGGCGUGAUGAUGUUCUUCAAUACGCAGUACACUCGGCGCUGCCGUCGAUUUGGGACAAUGAGAAUCAUACGUUUGGAGGAUUUGUGGAACUGCCUGUGGCGUACCCGAUGGAUGGAUAUUAUUCGGCUAAGAAUAACAGUGUAUGGAAGGGAGACAGAGAUGAUGAAAAGGUGGUGGAGAAUAUGGUGUGUCUUAUCUAACUCGGAUGAACUGGAACUCCUUAAAUUGAGAAAAUACGCAUCAACCCAGCUAAUUUAAGAUCAGCAAAGUCCUUGCACCGCCAAAAUCUCUAAAACAAAAUUUUUAGUACAACUUUAUGAUGAAAUCACCUAAAAUCUGCUUUAGGUAGUCAAAAACGCUGUAACUGUGAAUGUACCAUACGGAAAAACUCAUGUAGUGACCAAGUUUAUCGAAGCCGGAGGAACCCUGAAAUGGUGGGUUCGCGGAAACCGUAACUUUGGCUUUGGAGUCUUCUGGAGCGAAGUCGAACAAGUCGACGACUUUUUCACGUAAUCCAUCAAUUCUACAAGUCUUGACACAAUUGUUGUACUUUUCAGCGCAAAACAAGUGUCCCCAUGUUUUCCAUGGAUGCCAGGACCAACCCUAGUGCCAAUGGAGGACGAGGUUGUGGUAAAAAAGGUGAGACUUUUGUUAUUUUGAUGCAAAUUUUUCUCAAUUAUCAUGCAAAUUUUCGCAUUUCAGGACGCAUAUUAUCACGUUUGGGUAAGCAACGAGCGCGCGUGGUGGCGUUCAUUGGAAGUGCAGCUUCUUGUGGAAGGAAUUAACCCAUAA